AUGUAUAAAGAUUGUAAUCGGCAGAUAAAUAUUGAUCAACAUGCGAUGAAAAAAGUGUGUGACACAAUCUACUCGUUUCUGUGAAUCGAAUCUAAUAAUUCCGCGUGCAUUAGAUCAUUUUCUUAAUCAAAAAAAUACAUUAGUUCUUUGUCAUGAUGCGCCUUUUGUUCUAUGUUAGUACUACCUAGCUAUUUACUUAUCUAUGUACUAAUGAUGUAUAUUUUCGUCACUUUUCUAAUCUCGAGUAAUUUCUAUUGUUGUGUGUGUGCUCUUUCUAAUUAACAAAUUUAUAUAGAAAUAAAAAAUUUAUUAAAAAUUUUGAAGAAAUAAGAUUGUGUUAUAAAUAGAAAUCAGUAUAAGUUGAAAGCAAUGAAAAGUGUAUAGUAAAACUAAUUUGACUUGACUACAUAUGUUUAUUCAUAAUUUUGUAAGAUAGUGCCAACAAUGUCUGACAGCAUUUCAAAUGAUGAAAAAACUGAGAAUGUUUCUCAUGAUCCUGAAUAUGAUGAUACACUGGGUGUACCUGAUUUGUUAAAUGAAAAUGAAAAUAUUAGUUCUAGCGAGGAUAUUGAUAAUAGAGAAUGUCUUGGUGUGAUACCUUUUUCUGCAAUACAUGAUUUGCCAAAAAAUUUUAAAAGCCAAUAUCAUAAUGUUUUUAUUCCUGGUGAAGAAGUAUAUGUGAACAUUAUAAACAAUGAGCGUAGCGUAACAACACAUCCAUUGAAUCCAAAUUUGUACACUAUUGAAUUUAGGCAUGGCCCAUUUACUUGGAUGAUUAAAAAACGAUACAAAGAUAUCCAAUAUUUGCAUAAUCAAUUAAAGAUAUAUAGAGCCAGUUUAAAUAUACCUUUUCCAACUAAAAGUCACAAAGAAAGAAGGACCAGUCUGAAAAGCUUAGGAGAUGCAAAAGAAGGCAAAAGUUGUAGAGGCGCACUGCCAAGAUUUCCAAAUAGGCCAGAUGUUUUAGUACCUUAUGAACAAUUAGAGCAUAGGAAAAAAGUAUUAGAAAAUUAUUUCACUAAUUUAUUAAAAAUAAAAAUCUACUUGCACCAUCCAGAAACAAUCAAUUUUUUGGAAAUUUCACACUUAUCAUUUAUAGAAGAUUUAGGAAUGAAAGGCAAAGAAGGAAUUAUUUUAAAACGAACCGGAUCAGGUGCAAAAAGUAGAUGUAACUUUUGUGGUCUUGUCGAAAGUAUGUGUUGUAUUAGAUGUAAUCAUUUUUGUACAUCUCUAUGUGGAAAAUGGCAUUCUCGACAUCUCGUUGUUAAAGAUACUUUCGUUGCUUAUAUGAAACCGAAAAAUGGUAGCAUAAAGUCAGUGAUUCUAAUGGAUAAUGGGUUUGGAAUCAGUUUUGGUUUGUAUACAACAGGAUUAAGAAAUGGCAUACAAAUAGUGAAUCUUAGUAGGCACAUAGUAAUUAAAUGUGGGACAAGAAGGAAGGCUAAAGAAUGGAUGGAGUUCAUACAAGAAGUUAGUAGCAAAGAAGGUCGAGAUUUUAUACAAUCAAAUCCACAUAAUUCAUUUGCACCUUAUCGUUCCCCUAUACCAGCUACAUGGUUUGUAGAUGGAUCGGGAUAUAUGUCUGCUGUUGCAGAUGCAUUAGAAAAUGCGAAAGAAGAAAUUUUUAUUGCAGAUUGGUGGUUAUCACCUGAAAUUUAUAUGAAAAGGCCAGCUAUUUGUAGUGAUUAUUGGCGAUUAGAUAAAAUUUUAGAGAGAAAAGCAUAUGAAGGUGUCAAAGUGUUCAUAAUGAUCUAUAAAGAAGUAGAAGUUGCACUGGGCAUAAACAGCUUCUAUAGUAAGCAACGGCUAGUUGAAAAAUGUCCCGAAAAUAUAAAAGUAUUACGUCAUCCCGAUCAUGCAAGGGUAGGAGUAUUACUCUGGGCACACCACGAAAAAAUUGUAGUUGUUGAUCAAAGUAUUGCCUUUCUUGGUGGAAUUGAUCUAUGUUAUGGUCGAUGGGAUAAUAAUGAACAUAAAUUAAUAGAUUUGGGUAGCACUCAACAUUCCAGCAUUUAUAUUCCAUCUAAAGGUAGAUUUACCAAUACCAGCACUAAGAAAGUAAGUGUCGCCAUAAAUAAGAAGCACGUUUUGUUACCAUUGGCUAUUGCAACUAAUACAGUUGUAAUGGCUACUACAAAAUCUAUACCUGUAUUGCCAGUAGUGAGCAAGAAGACAGUGUCACCAUUUUCGGCAUUAUCACAAUUGAAUGCUAGUGAUUUAUUGCUAAUGCAGCCAAUAGAAGAAAGCGACACUAUGAAAUGUGACACACCGAAUACAGAGCGUAAAAAUUUAUUUGGGAUGGCAAAAAAUACCAUGGAUAGAAUGAAACGUAAUAUCUUGUUAAAAAGGGAAGAAUUAAUUAACAUGGUAUAUAAUCCACACGAAGAAAGUAGCGAUGAGGAAAAUGUUCCAGAUACCUAUACGCUGCAAACUUCAGUUGAUACUAGUCAAUCACUCGCAUAUAACGAAGACGAAUUGUCAGAUUAUCCAGGUGUAGCUAAAUUAUGGUUGGGAAAAGAUUAUGUAAAUUUUAUUGUCAAAGAUUUUAAUGAUCUUCAAAAGCCUUAUCAAGAUCUAGUAGACAGAAGCAAUACUCCCAGAAUGCCAUGGCAUGAUAUUGGAGUUAUGAUGGAAAAAGCAAGAUUAAACUCAUGUUAUCCAUUUCUGCUUCCAAAAUCAUACCAUAAUUGCAGCAAUUUUAUUCCAUUUAUUGAGAGAUCUUCUAUUCACAAUGUCAAUUGUCAAGUAUUAAGAUCCGUUAGUUCUUGGUCGGCUGGUUUUCUCGAUUCAGAAACAAUCGAGCAAAGUAUACAAGAGGCUUAUAUCGAGACUAUUAGUAAAGCAGAAAGAUAUAUAUACAUAGAGAAUCAAUUUUUCAUAACGCUUGCAUCCAUGCAACGUUCUGUAGUAAAAAAUCGUAUCGGAGAAACAUUAUUAAAACGCAUUUUAAGAGCACACAGAGAAGGUGCAGUAUUUAGAGUAUUCGUGAUAAUGCCUUUACUACCAGGUUUCGAAGGUGAGGUUGGGGGACCAACUGGUACUGCCUUGCGUGCUAUUACCCAUUGGAAUUAUGCUUCUAUAUCAAGGGGUAAAGAUGCUAUCUUAAAUCGAUUAAUUGAAGCAGGAAUAGAAGAUCCUAGCGAGUACAUUACGUUCCAUGGUUUAAGAACUCAUGCAAUGUUAAAUGGUACGCUAGUGACGGAACUAAUUUAUGUUCACAGCAAGCUAUUAAUUGUAGAUGACAAUACUGUUAUUUGUGGUUCUGCCAAUAUUAAUGAUAGAAGCAUGAUAGCAACAAGGGACAGUGAAAUUGCAGUAAUAAUUCAUGAUCAAGAAUUCGAAGAAGGAAGAAUGAAUGAUAUACCGUUUCCUUGUGGCAAAUUUGCAGGAUCAUUACGAAAGCAAUUAAUUUCCGAGCAUUUAGGAUUAUUUAAAAUAAACGAAGACAUAGAUAUAACUGAUAUAAUUAAAAAAUCAUUCUACAGAGAUGUGUGGUGUGCGAGGAGUAACCGAAACACGGAAAUCUAUGAAACAGUGUUUCGUGUUAUCCCGACAGAUAAAGUUGUUAACUUCUCCAUGCUAAAGCAGUAUCAAAAUGAAGAGCCACUUUCUACGUCAAAUCCACUUUUAGCCCAAGAAGAGGUUGAACAAAUUAAGGGUCAUUUAGUAAAUAUACCAUUAAAUUUCUUAAUUAAUGAAGAUCUGAAACCAGCUGCUGGCACAGUAGAAGGAAUAAUGCCAACAGCACUAUGGACAUAAAUUAAUAGUCAAAUUGAAUAUUCACGAAACUUCUGCCAAUGAUUUAAAUAUUUUUUAUAGUUGUAAAUAAGUUAAUCUAGCUCUAAGUAUUUUAUUGACCAAAGUACAAAACAAUUACUCUGUACUUAUAAUUAGAUAUUUUAAUAUGUGUAUCAGCAGCUUAAUCUAACAAUUUUUGCUGAAAAGCAAAUAAUAUGUGAAUCUAUGUGCGACAUUCUACAUCACAUUCUAUAAAAUGAAUCCUUUUUCAAUUCAAGCUUUUAUUUAUAGUUUAAGAGAACUUGUUCAAAGUUAAAUGUCAAUGAAAAUUCAGAUCAAGUAUUUAAAUUAUUGUCAAUGCAUCAAAUGUCAGUCUACUUUAACAUUCCAUAAAAUCUACCUCUUUCAAAUAGAACUCGCGUUAUGAAUGUUAAUAUAAUAAUUGUUAUUCAUUUAAAGAUAGUUUUACUAUAUCAAGUGUUCAAGUGAAACAUGUUUUAUUGCAAAUGAGAAAACGCUUAUAUGAAUAUUUAAGUUUUAACAGUGUGCCUUUUUAAGAGUUGAAUUUUAUAUUAUAACAUUUAUUUUAUAAUAUUAUUUAUUUGUACUGAGUGAUCAAAUAAAA